AUGGCUUAAACACCUGCUAUUGGUAUUGAUUUAGGAACAACCUACUCUUGUGUUGGUAUUUGGGUAAAUGAUAAAGUUGAAAUCAUCCCAAAUGAUUAAGGUAACAGAACAACUCCAUCAUAUGUUGCAUUCACUGAUACAGAAAGACUUAUUGGUGAUGCUGCUAAAAACUAAGUUGCUAGAAAUCCAUAAAACACAGUUUUUGAUGCAAAAAGAUUAAUCGGAAGAAAAUUCGCUGAAUCCACAGUUUAAAAGGAUAUUAAAUUGUGGCCAUUCAAGGUUGAGGCUGGUGCUGAUGACAAGCCAAUGAUUGUUGUUAAAUAUAAGGGAGAAAACAAAAAAUUCCAUCCAGAAGAAAUUUCAUCAAUGGUCUUAACCAAAAUGAAGGAGACUGCUGAAGCUUAUUUGAGCAAAUAAGUCUCAAAGGCUGUCGUUACAGUCCCAGCUUAUUUCAAUGACUCUUAAAGAUAAGCCACCAAAGAUGCUGGUGCCAUUGCUGGUAUGAAUGUUUUGAGAAUUAUCAAUGAACCAACCGCUGCUGCCAUUGCUUAUGGUUUGGACAAGAAAGCAAAACACGAAGAACACGUUCUCAUCUUCGAUUUGGGAGGUGGUACAUUCGAUGUCUCCUUAUUGGCUAUUGAAGAUGGUGUCUUUGAAGUCAAGGCCACUGCUGGUGAUACUCACUUGGGAGGUGAAGAUUUCGAUAACAAACUCGUCGAAUAUUGCUGUGCUGAAUUCUUGAAGAAGAAAGGUAUUGACAUCAGAGGAAACCCAAGAUCAUUGAGAAGACUCAGAACUCAAUGUGAAAGAGCAAAGAGAGUUCUCUCAUCUGCCAAUCAAACCACAAUCGAAGUUGAUGCUUUGGAUGCUAAUGAAGAUUUCAAUUGCACAAUCACAAGAGCCAAAUUCGAAGAAUUAUGCAUGAGCAUGUUCAAGGAAUGCAUCCCACCUGUUGAAAAGGUUCUUAAAGAUUCUGGUAUUUCCAAGAAUCAAAUCCACGAAGUCGUCUUGGUCGGAGGAUCAACCAGAAUUCCAAAAGUCUAAGAAUUAUUGAGAGACUACUUCAAUGGAAAGGAAUUGAACAAAUCAAUCAAUCCAGAUGAAGCUGUUGCUUAUGGUGCUGCAGUCUAAGCUGCCAUCUUGACUGGAUAAGGUAACGAAUAAGUCAAGGAUCUCUUGUUGUUGGAUGUCACCCCAUUGUCCUUAGGUAUUGAGACUGCUGGUGGUGUCAUGACUGUUUUGAUCCCAAGAAACACAACCAUCCCAACAAAGAAAUCAUAAACUUUCACAACCUAUGCUGAUAAUCAACCAGGAGUCUUGAUCCAAGUCUAUGAAGGUGAAAGAUAAAUGACCAAGGAUUGCCACAAAUUGGGACAAUUCAACUUAGAUGGUAUUGCCCCAUCACCAAGAGGAGUUCCAUAAAUUGAAGUCUCAUUCGAUCUUGAUGAAAAUGGUAUCAUGAACAUCCACGCUGAAGACAAAGCCACCAAGAAAUCAAACAAGAUCACCAUCACAAACGACAAGGGUAGAUUAUCAAAGGAUGACAUUGAAAAAUUAGUUAAGGAAGCUGAAAAAUUCAAGGCUGAAGAUGACAUCAUCAAAUCCAAGAUUGAAGCCAAGAACAGUCUUGAAUAAACCACCUAUUAAAUCAGAAACACCAUCAAGGAUGAGAAAGUGAAAGACAAAUUCUCAGCUGAAGAAAAAACUAAACUUGAAUCAUUGGUUGAUGAAACAACUAAAUGGAUUGAUGCUAACCCAAAUGCUGAAACCAACGACUACAAAAACAAAUUAAAGGCUCUUGAAGAAGUCUUCCAUCCAAUCAUGCAAAGAGUUUAUCAAGCCACUGGAGGUGCCCCCCCAGGAGCUGAAGGUGCUGGAUUCCCAGGAGGUGCAGGAUUCCCAGGAGGUGCUGGAUUCCCAGGAGGAGCUGGAUUCCCAGGAGGUCCUGCUGGUGGACCAACAGUCGAUUAAGUUGAUUGAUUUUUAUCUUAGUGUAUAUGUUAAAAUUAAAAUUCAAUUUAAAUACAUCA